AUGGCGUACGUCAACGAGUUCUUCACCACGGUGGGGGAUCUUGGCGGCAUUGACGACCAUAUCGCCAAGUUGAGUGAUGAGUGUCUGGACAUAGAGGCCAUAGCAGAGCAGAAGGCGGCGUCGCGGCCACGAGGACUGGUGUCGCUGACGAGCUCGAGCCGGUCCACCGAUCGCUACAAUAAGGCGGUCGACGACGUGAUCCAGCAAGUGAAACUGCUUGAGGGGGGCACGACUGAGCUGAUGAUCAGUGGCAUCGACGACAUUUGUCAGAAAUGGGGCAGCAUCGACGUGUUGCUCGCAUUGAAGCAAAUGUUGAUCAAAAAGCAGAAGAUGGCCGAUUCCAUCAAAUACUUGAAUCGGGUGAGUGACGUGGAAACGUUGCUUGGUGACGUGGUGGGUAGUGCUGGCGUGAUCAGAGACAAAUUGCUGGCAUUGAGGGAGGAACCGGAAUUGGUCCCCGAAGCCAUCCCCAUCCUCAACCAAAGCAUUGCCGAAGCCGUGGCUAAGGCUCGUGAGGAGUUGAGCCAACAACUCCGUCCUCUCAUUCCGCUGAAGUGGCCAGCAAAGAUUGGUCCUGAAGACCAUAAAAAGAUUGUUAAUCUCAUGAGCCAGCUCAACCUGAUUCAAGCGAUUGACCAAACACCAACUUACCCCAAUGGCUGGUGGUCGGUUGAUCUUCUUGUUGAGCCCUACGUGGACCGGUUCAUGUACCAUUUCACUACUCCAGGAAUCGAAACCAACAAGAUCUCCAAACCCGAGUGGGCGCUCGAGUUUGUCGAGCAGAUUUUGACCGACCACUUGGACGUGAUCAACAUGGCAUUUGCGACGGUGUUGCCUGACCGGAUCUUUGCCAUGGAAGUCAUUACGUCCUUGCUCGUGCCGGUGAGGGCGAAGAUGAAGGUGUCGGUGGAAGCCAUCAAUAAGCUUCUCGCUCAAGAGGAAGAGGUCGCUACUGAACGGGAGAAAACUGGUCGCUUAUUAUCGCAUUUGAUCUAUGAACUAUCCGCAUUCGACCAGCGGUUACGCCAGCAGUUCAAAUAUAACCCCUACGCCACCCCGAAGUCGGCCCCUAGCGAAAGAUGGCUGGGACUCGUGGGCGAUGUGUUGCUUGCCGAUAAGGAAGCCGUCAACAACUGGCUCACGUUUGAGUACGAAUUGGCGUCAAAACGGUUCACCUCGGAAAUCUUGGGGUUGCCCGAUGCCUAUGCCAUCGACUUUGAGUACCGUCACAACGACAAAUCCCGUGGAGUGCAACCAACGUACUCCGCCUACAACAUGUCGAAACUUUUGGCCAAUUUGACGAGUCACUUCGCCCCGAUCCUGGCAGUGAAGUACCAGCUUAAGUUUGUGCUGAAUGUUGAAAUUAAGCUUUUGGAGUUAUAUUUGGCGGAGUUGAACAAGAAAUUCCGCGAGUUCACCAAGCUAUUCGCCUCAAAGCUGAUGCUCAGCUUUUUGCCUAAAGCAGUGGCGGUAGCGGCGUCCGCUUCCGAAGCGGAACGACGGCAACAACUUGAGCAGAACUCGGUAGAAAACGGCCUCAAGGCUUUGGAAAUGGCCACCGGGGUGUUGUGCAGUGCUCAGUUCAUCAGCGACACCCUCACCAAAGCGCUGAGCCAGUUGAUCUACGUCCAGUUGCUGGAGUUCUACUACACUCACCAAGGGGGCACGGGGCUGGUAUUUGACGCCACCAUCGCCAAAUACGACGACCUCGUCACCAAAGUGCUCGCUGUGUACGGUGAUUUCUUCUCCCGGGAGCUCAAAAACCGCAUGAAGGCGUACAUCAACCAGACGGCGUGGGACAUCGACCACGCUGCUGAUGACGCCAACCCUCAGCUCGUGCCGCUCGUGGAGGCGCUCCACCAGUACAUCCACUUUAUCCGCCGCGGCUUGCUGGCAGGUCUAGCUAACAUCGUGCUGGAUACGGUGCUUCUGGCGUUGUGCAAUCUUUACUACGAGUACGUCGUCGAUAACAACGGCUUCACUACCGCCGGGGUCAAACAACUACGCCUCGACUUGAAGUACUUGUAUACUCGCCUCGAAGACAAUAUGGCUUUGGAGGUGAACGCUGCGACCAAUGGCAGUUAUCAAAAAUUACAACUGGCGGUGGUGGUGCUUUCCAUUGGUCCGUCACAGGCCCAGGCAUACAGUAGCGGCGAGCGGCCUUUAAGUGACUUACGGAGCCAGUUUGACGACCAGUUGGCGCCAUUGACCUCGCACCAACUCAUGGGCCUCCUCCCAAGAAUCAUGUAA